AUAUGUGCAGAACAGCCAAUUGAAAACAUGAAUAAUGAUUUGGAGACAUUGAUUACUUCUCCAGAAAAAAAGCUGCAGACAAAUUGGACGGAACAGAGAUAAUAAUUAUUCAAUUGGCGAGGAAAUUUUCAUCAGGGAGAUGACUAAAGUUCGAUUAACCAUGGAGGGCCUUGAGGAGCAAGUGAAGGAAAUGAUGUUGAGAAUGGAUUCCUUCCAGUCUCCUAAGGCUGUCAUGAGUAGUGACAUGGGCCAAAUCAAGGAAAUUUUAAACAAGUUUCCUCUGUGCUCAAUGGACGAACUUCGAGAAGUGGAGGAUAGUCUAAGAAACAACAAGGAUGUGAAAACACAACUGAUUUUGUAUUUGGCUAGGACAGGUGGAAAAUGUGCUAAAUCUGUCACAGUACAAUUGAUUAAAUUGAUAUUUGAUGAUGGCCUGGCUAGGAGAGUUCAGCUGGGCAGGGGGUAA